UGCCGACUACGUCGCACGUAAACGCGUUUUUCCCGCGUUUUCCACUGAAAUACGAGUAAAAGUGAUACCGACGCUCGCUUAGCGAUUAAGGAAUACAUUGACCGAUUCAUCUGAUAUGAUAGAGUUGCAGAUGGAUUUUUAAAUACAGAUUUCCACGAUGAAAAUGAAAUACAUUUUCAGUUUAGAAGAAGAUCAAAGAAGACAGCUAACAUUACAACACCAAUGACUAAAGGUAAAUGUAAAGGUCAGUGCACAGAGGGAAGAGACCGAGCAUGUCGAACGUGACAGACGCAAAUUGCGUCCCCGGCGCUACAAACUUUAACAAAGCAUAUAGCCGGCUACACGGAUACAUAGCUAUAGUGAUAUGUAUAAUCGGAUCCGCAACAAACUCGAUAAACAUCGCCGUACUCAGCCGCCGAGAAAUGGUCAGCUCCACAAAUUCAAUUCUCACAGGCCUAGCCGUUGCGGACCUUUUAGUCAUGUUGGAAUACAUACCGUACGCUUUGCAUAUGAACAUUAAAAUUGGGCCACAAGUGAACAAGAACACGUACGCCUGGGCGGUCUUCGUUUACUUCCAUUCCAUUUUCAGUCAGACGUUCCACACGAUAUCGAUAUGGUUAGCCGUGACAUUGGCCGUAUGGAGAUACAUUGCUAUUGCGUUCCCCCAGAGAAAUCGUACGUGGUGUAGCAAGAAGAACACUACAUUAGCAAUAGUGAGCGCCUAUGUGAUAUGCCCGUUUCUAUGUCUGCCGAUAUAUUUCGCGAUGAAUAUAGUGCAAAACGAAGUGACUCCACACAACAAUUCUGAGUUCGCUGAGGACUUGUCACUACCUCACAAUCGGACGGUGUACGUUUUAGAGAUGUCUAAAAAUAAAGAAUUAGUGACUGCAAUAAUGUGGAUUUAUAGUGUUAUUUUGAAACUAGUGCCAAGUAUAGCAUUGUCAGUGUUAAGCACGUGCUUAAUAUCAAAACUAACUACGACUGAACAGAGAAGGCAGAAGUUGCUCAAGCGUUCCAUAGUGGGACCCAAUGAGCCCGAGAAACAAUGCUUGGCCGAGGAGGCUUCAGCUAGACGGACCAGUCGGACGGAUCGGACGACGCGAAUGCUGCUAGCCGUCCUCGGACUCUUCCUUUCCACGGAAGUUCCACAAGGCCUUUUGGGCCUUGCAAGCGCGUUAGCACCAGACUUCUUUAAAAACUGCUACAGCAUGUUCGGUGAUCUGAUGGAUGUCUUAGCACUGUUCACAUCAUCAGUGAACUUCGUGUUGUACUGCAGCAUGAGCCGGCAGUUCCGUUGCACCUUCGCCCGCCUCGCGCGUAGGAUGAUCUACGCGACUGAAGAACCUGCAAAAUUUGGUACAAAACUUGAACCUACAACUCAGUACGGGAGCUAGAGCGUCGUCGUCAGAACUACGACAUCAGGUCACCGGCCCCCUAUAGCGACAGAUUCCCGCCCUCAUCAGGGUGGUGGAGGAGAGUGUUAUAUAGAUUUGAACAGGAUAUUCCAACCUGUUUAAGUCACCAUAAUUUAGGUAAGAUUAGAACUCUUGUUACCAUUUAAUGAAAUUAUAGUAAAUUCUAUGUCAUGUAAUGUUUUUAGUAAAUUGUAAACUUUAAUAAUGUAAAUUAAAUUUUGUAAAAAAAUAUCUAUCUUAAGUGUGAAUAGUGUAAAUAUUGUAGUAGAUAGAGAAAUAAAUCUUUUAUCUAGUCUUCGCGUCUUCUGAGCCCAGGCGCAAAUACUAGCUUAGAUGUAUGGCCUUAUUAAUUUUGUGGAUUUUAGAAUUAUAACGUCUCUAAACCUACGCUUAGGGUCCAAAAAGUGUAUCAAAGUCCUAUGAAUUCUGUACAUAUUGCGUGUUAUAAAUUCUGUGUUGUGACUAUCUAAUAUAUUUCUCUCAUAUAGUUUUUAUUGUUUAAAUACAUGACAUUACAUCGAUUAAUUUACAAUUUUGUAUAUUUACAAUUUUUUAUAUUUUACAUUGUAUUGUGUAUUGUCUCAUUUUAAAGCUAAUAUAAAUAAAUGUAUUAA